AUGUCUUGGGCAGGGUUCAAGAAGAAUGUCAACCGUGCGACGACGCAGGUGAUGAUGAAGACGGGACAUGUUGAGAGGACAAAUGAUCGCGACUAUGAGAUUGAGGAGCGACGAUACCGGACUAUGGAGACUGCAGCGAAUCGGUUGCAGAAGGAAGCCAAGGGAUAUUUGGAUUCACUACGAGCUAUGACUGCGUCUCAAAUGCGCAUUGCAGAGACAAUCGAUGCAUUCUACGGUGAUGCGGGCACAAGAGACGGCGUGAGCCGGAGCUACAAGCAAGCUGUAGAGGAUCUCGACGCUGAGACUAUCAAGGCACUGGACGGACCAUACCGAACCACCGUCCUCGACCCCAUCUCCCGAUUCUGCGCCUACUUCCCCGACGUCAACGAAUGUAUCAAGAAACGUAACCACAAGCUGCUCGACUACGACGCUAUGCGCGCCAAGGUCAAGAAGCUUGCCGAAAAGCCCGACAAGGAUGUCACCAAGCUGCCACGGACCGAGCGCGAGGCCGAAAUGGCCAAGCAGGCCUACGAGCAACUGAAUGAGCAGCUUUUCAACGAACUCCCACAGCUGAUCGAUCUUCGUGUCCCCUACCUCGACCCCAGUUUCGAAGCCCUCGUCAAGAUCCAGUUGCGUUUCUGUGCGGAGGCAUACUCACGCAUGGCACAGGUGCAGCAGUACCUCGACGCCGAGACACGCGACCAAUACGCCAAGGGAGAUCUGGAUAACCGGGUUGAGGAGGUUCUGCAGGAGAUUCGGGAUCUGAGCAUUGCCGGGACAGUUUAA